AUGCCUCGCCUCCAGAACAAUUUUGUGGAAAUCAAAAUGACAGCUGGAUUCAAGUUUGUUAGAUGUCCUGGCAAGUUCAAUCUAACUCCUACUUUCACAACUGCACUCAACGUAUCAGAGCUUAUCAAGAACAAGGACAAGAAACAAGUCAUCAAAGCAAUAUAUUCCGUAUUCUCAGAGUCCUUUGUGCACAUGGUUCAUCAGUGCAGGUUUAAGUGGGAGAUGGUGCAUCUUCCCAAGUCCAUGCUUGAAUCUUUAGAUAAAAUUAAAUUCAUUGACAAGCCCUCAGCUGAAGACCUGGCCAACUCCUCAUAUAUCUUCCCUGAUCCUUCGAACUCUACUGUGAAUAUGUAA